GGAUUUUUUGUGGUCAUUGUCAAUUCGCCAUCAUCGGGUUGCCGUGCUGGGGUUUUUUUUUGGCCUCUUUUUUUUUCUAUCUUUUUUUUUUCUCUUCCCCCCAUUUAAUAAAUAAGGGAAGAAAAAAAUAAAAAGGAAAAAAAAAAAAAUCCUCUUCCUUCCCAUUCUACCAUAGUCACUCUGUGGGUGUGGUAUCGGCGGGGAAUUGCAAUCGGAUUCAAUAUCAAGGGAACCCUCAAGAAAGAACACAGGAAAACUUGAGGAGGGCCAAUAGAGAAAAUUGCCCCUCUCAACCAUAUCGGUAAUCAAUGGUCUCUAUGAUCGAAACCUCCAAUUCUACACACAAUGACCCGGCCAUGGACCCGGUCGUGCCCAAACCAGAACCCCUUGCGGAGGGUUCCAUCAGUUCAGCGGUGUCAACCCCCGAUCCGGAGGGAGAAUUGAUGCCCCAGGAUGUGACCCAGACGCAAAAGCGAAAGGGUGGUCGGAAACCUAUCUAUGCCACUUCCGAGGAACGGAAGCAGCGUAACCGUCAGGCCCAGGCGGCCUUUCGCGAACGUCGCACCGAAUAUAUCCGCCAGCUCGAGUCCACCAUCAAGCGCAAUGAGGAAACCCUGCAGACCCUGCAGCAAAACCAUCGCACCGCCGCGGAUGAGUGUCUGAUGCUGCGCUAUAAGAACUCCUUGCUGGAGAGGAUCCUUUUAGAGAAAGGCAUCGAUGUCCAGGCCGAGCUGCGCUUGAAGACGGGCAAUCCCGGGGCCACGGCGGGUAAACCCAACCCAGUGGCUCCCAAACCGUCUGCGUCGCUGGAACGGGCCGCCGUGAAUCGGAACACGGCCCAGCGACAUCCUACCGGGAUUGCUCCGAAAGGGGACACGUUUGGCAUGUCACAGCAUCGGGAGGGCGCCUACGGGAUCCCAUCCCCACAGUUUCAGGCCACCCCGCCGUCACAUGUCUCGUCGCCAUCGCACACCAAGUCCCCGGGAUUCGCCUACCAGGGCGCGAUCUCCCCCGUUGCGAUCGACCCGCAGCAGGCUCAACAGCACGCCCAGCAGCGCACCCAGAUGUUGUCGCAUUCGCGGAACGUGAGCCAAACCUCGCCUCCCAUCAGCCUCGGCCAGCCCGACACGGCUGACCUCAAGGCUACGAUGCCGGCACAAUCUCGCGCAGCCCGGGUCGCAUCGGCCUACUAUCCAUCGCCCUUUCAAAAACACUAUGACCAACUAGAACAAGAAUACGACGCGCAGGCGGAUUUGCUCGAUGAAGAACAUGAGCCUACCUCGCAGUACAUGUCGGGCUUCAACCCCGGCGCCUCGGUUUCCUCCCUGGGAGCUCGUGGCCUGGCCCAGUUCAAUCCACCAGCGAGCGAAGGGUCUAACGGAGCAUACAACAACGCGAAUCCACUACUGGGGAAUUAUGAACCCAUGUUAGACACAGACCCGUUUGGACUGAGUGCCAGUAUGCAUUUUCAGACCCCAUUCAGUUACGAGCAAAACGGUGCACGUCCAUAACACUGGCAUGGACACGGUAUUCUCAGCAUUGAGCAAGCGACGACCGCUUGCCAUUUAAUUCAGCAACAGCAAAAGCAAAAAAAAAUUCCUCGAGUAAUCAAAGCGAAGAAAAAAUACCCCCUUCCUGUUUUUGUCAUGACGUCAUGCGUGACCGGAAGACAAAAGUUGAGGCUCUACAGCAUUGUUCGGCGUUUUUGUGGUUACUUUUUUUUUUUUCAUUCUUCCUUUA